UUUUGUGCUAACGAUUAGCAGGCUAACCAAGAGGUCUCCAUCAGCUGGAGGCGUUGGAGACUGCAGACAACAAAAACAGACAGUCUAAUCAAAGGACUGGCGCCUCUAUUUUGUAUUGGGGAGUCUUCAGUUAGGAAAACUGUUAUUGGAAAGGCGACACAAUGUCCGAUUUUGACAGCAAUCCUUUCGCAGACCCGGAUUUCAGCAAUCCCUUUCAGGAUCCUUCGGUGACCCAGGUGACACGGUCGGCCCCCCCUGGUGGUCUGGAGGAGUAUAACCCCUUCACAGACGCCAGAACGGCAGCACCUGGAAAUGCCCCCAAAUCCACGCCUGCGCCCUCCCAGAACACACAACCUGCCAUCAUGAAGCCAACAGAAGAACCGCCAGCUUACUCACAGCUCCAGACUCAGGACCAAGCGCGCGCUCAAGCGGAGCUGUUGAGGAGGCAGGAGGAGCUGGAGAAGAAAGCGGCGGAGCUCGACCGUCGGGAGAGAGAGUUACAGUCCCACGGAGUGGCAGGAGGCCGUAAAAACAACUGGCCUCCACUACCAGAAAAAUUCCCCGUUGGCCCGUGUUUCUAUCACGAUAUUGCCGUGGAUAUUCCUGUAGAGUUUCAGAAGACCGUCAAGAUAAUGUACAACCUUUGGAUGUUCCACGCAGGCACGUUGUUUGUGAACAUGUUCGGCUGCCUGGCGUGGUUCAUCGUAGACGCGUCUCGCGGCGUAGAUUUUGGCCUGGCCAUGCUCUGGUUCCUGUUGUUUACGCCGUGCUCUUUCGUCUGCUGGUACAGACCACUUUAUGGGGCUUUUAGGAGUGAUAGUUCGUUCCGCUUCUUCGUCUUCUUCUUCGUCUACAUUUGCCAGUUUGGGGUCCACGUUCUACAAACGAUCGGCAUCACUGGCUGGGGAACAUGUGGCUGGAUUGCAGCUCUUACUGGUCUGAACACCAGUAUCCCAGUGGGCAUCAUCAUGUUACUGAUUGCGGCCCUGUUCACCGCACUGUCUGUGGGCUCGCUUAUUAUGUUCAAAAAGGUGCACGCGCUGUACCGUACCACUGGUGCCAGUUUCGAGAAGGCUCAGCAGGAGUUUGCAACUGGAGUCAUGUCCAACAAGACGGUUCAGACCGCGGCAGCUAACGCCGCCGCCAACGCUGCAACCAAUGCUGCUCGUGGGGCCUUUAAACCUCACCCCUAAACAGAAACUCCAACAAGGCACACAUUCCCACACUAAGAGGCGAAAACACACACACAACGACACAACGGAGACACACAACUCUGGUCCUGCUGGCUCUCACAUCCAACAGGUUAUGCUUCAGAAUGUUUCCUCUGCACAUUUCUCUUCUGAAGGGCGAAGCAGCGUAAAAACAACGGACCAGAGUCGUUUAUCUUCCGACCACAACAAAACACGCACAUGCAGUCAGGUGGCUGCUCACCUCCACUAAGUGAUCGGAGGCGUGAGCCGAGUGUGUGGCGGGGUUUGAUCUCACACACUUACACACACCUUCCUUUUCCUUGUCUAACUGUCCCGAGGUGAUCCCAGAUCAGCCAGACGUUCUAGCAUACCUUGUGUUUGCCGCGGCCAUGACCUCAGAGCUGCUUCAGUGUCGAGUCAUGAGGCGUUAGAAAGUAUGUAGGUGGUGUGCACGUAGUUCUGAUUAGUUUGUCCUGAUUGGCUGGACCUCUUUACUUAGAAAAUAGUGACUGAUCUAUUUACUAGGUUUCCAUUUUGUGGAUGUGGAGGUCCUGAAGGUAAACUGUACCUCGUCUGAUCUGAUAUCUGUGCUUGUGUAGCGAGACGGUACCGUCGUCAUUCUGGUAAAAAAAGAAAAAAGGUUCCUUAUAAACAAAAGUUUGGGUUCUAAUCGAAGAACCUGCCCCAGGAUCCCUCUGAUCUACUCCUGCUCAGUGUGCUGCUUAGGUUGGGCUGGCUCAGCAUGAUCAUUACUAGCAUGUUUAGCACACUCAAGCUAGCCAUGUUUCUGGCACCGUCGGCCUCCACUUCCUGUUUCUCAGGCUACACGAGCUUCGGGGGGGGGGGGGGGCGGGGACACCUGAUUGCAUGUCCUGAGUGAACGUGAUGGUUCAUCCAAACCGGAAAAGAAGUUUGCGACAUCUAGUUUUUUUAUGUUUGACAAGAACACGCUACAACGGGAUGUAGCUGUUCGCACCAACGCUGCUAUUAACCCGGAGCCGUUCGGCGGUGGCCUCUCGCCGUCCCGUUUCCUGUUCUCACCCGAACGGCAACUAAGAUACGAUUUGUCUCGAGAAAAGAGUCCUUAUUUAAAAACGUAAAACACCUUGAUACCGUGUUCGUGUAAACCACGCAGACUAACAGUCCAUCUCCACUCGUUUCUCUGUCGGUAUUUAACUACCGGCAGCCAAAUCUUUGUAGCCAAAAUCAGCAUCGAAGGAACAGGAGUUGAGCUUGGCGCCAUCGUUCAUUUAAAAACACUAAAGUUGUACAGACUACUAGCACUGAUGUGAACUCUGAAUGUGUGCUUUUAUUUUGUUUGUGCUUUAGCACUUCCUGUAUUGAACGUGAUGUCUGAAGAAGUGCAUGAUAGAUGAAUGACGCUACAUGAAGUAUUCCUAAAAGCCAGUGGAGUUAAAAAGCUCAUGAAUUCCUAAUGAUUCGUAAUUAAAACCUGGCAGUAUUGCUCUCAACUCGUUGCACAUCUAUUGUUUUUCAGUCAAAACAUGUUUUUAUUUAUGGUGAUAUUUGAAGUUUCAGUCGAGUUUUUUAUAUUUGUGAGGUAGCUAGGCUGCAAAAAGGGUUUGGCGUGUUUGCGAAAGGUGUGCUUGAUGUAUAAAAAGUGUUAUUUCUUUGUCUUGAAAGCUGUGAGAAAGCCACCAAAUGUUCAUAAAAAUUAGUUUUUAAAUCUGGCUUUGUGAUGCGUUCCCUUUCCGUUUCACCUUAAGUUAUUCAGACGCGUCGCUGCACCCGCCCACGUGCUCUCAUCUAUACUUUUACAGUUGCUUGUAUGAAGCCUUUGCCACAGUGGGUAGUAUUCUUGGUGUAUUUGGCGACACAGAGCUGUGUUUUUGCUGUUGUUCGACCGAGCCAGAGAGGAAAAGGGACACCUGUAUAUUUUGUAAAGUUUGACCCUCAUUAUCAAUCACAUGUAAAAAAAAUCUGGCUUUUGUCGCAUGUGAAAUAGUUUCAGUUUUGUAUAUUUAUGGUAUUAACAUGAAAUAAAAUUAGAAAAAAAUG